AUACGCCUUGAUAACUCAACAAAAAUUGUUUGCAAAGUUUAACUGAAAAUAUUAAAAAAUAAUUUUAUAGUUGCAAUGGCUGAUGAAUUUUUUUAUGGUGUUACUCUUACUGGCGAAAAAAAACGGCUGUGUGGGAUCCAACAUCAAAAGAUGAAGAAGAUUAUCCAGAACGAGCCAAUAAACUCAUCUUGAAACAAAUAUUAUUGGGCGUUGAAGCAAAAGAAAAUGAAUACAAUGUCGUGGAAGUUGAAACGCCAACCAGAGAUUCGUCAGUGAAAAUUCCAAUCGCAGUAUUGAAAGUCGGCGAAAAUCGCAUGUCUCAAUCAUUCUUAGAAUUUCCAGAAGGUCCAAUAACGUUUAAACUCACUCAAGGCAAUGGUCCCAUUCAUUUUCCUUCCUA